AAAUUCCUUGAGCGUCAUCUGGCAACACUGUUCGCUGCCUCACAGUCACUCGGCUCGGCUGUACAACAGUGUCAGCGGCAAGAUGGUUCUGGAGAGUACUAUAAUAUGUGUGGACAACAGUGAAUACAUGCGUAAUGGUGACUAUAUGCCCACUCGCCUCCAGGCCCAGCAGGAUGCAGUCAACACAAUCUGCAGAUUUAAGCUCCGGUCCAACCCAGAAAAUAAUGUUGGGCUCCUUACCCUUGCCAACAGCACAGAGGUCUUGGCAACACUGACGACUGAUGUGGGGAAGAUUCUCACCCCUCUGCACAAGGUGCUGCCUAAUGGAACUAUCAACCUUCUCAGUGGAAUCCGCAUUGCUCAUCUGGCCCUGAAGCAUCGACAGAGCAAGAAUCACAAGAUGCGGAUUGUAGCGUUUGUGGGCAGCCCAGUGGAGGUUGAAGAAAAAGAAAUUGUCAAGGUGGCCAAGCGCCUGAAAAAGGAGAAGGUUAACAUUGACAUCAUUAACUUUGGUGAAACGGAUAUGAACCAGUCUCUGCUUGAAGCCUUGGUUAGCACCAUCAAUGGUCGUGAAGGAGGCAGCUCCCACUUGGUGACGGUGCCUCCUUCACCCCACCUGGCUGAUGCCCUUCUCUCCUCUCCUAUUGUUCAGGGAGAAGAUGGGGGUCCGGCUGCUACAUUUGCAACAGGUGGCGGUUUUGAGUUUGGAGUUGAUCCCAAUGAAGAUCCAGAGUUGGCCCUUGCCCUGCGUGUAUCCAUGGAGGAACAACGACAGCGGCAGCAGGAGGAAGAACGUCGUGUGGCCCAGGAAUCAGCAAAGGCUGCCCCCAUGGAUACUAAUCCACAGCCCCCUACCACCACCCCAACCCCACAGCCCAUUGCACAGGAAGGUGUGCAGUCUGAGGAGGAGAUGUUGCAACAAGCUCUGGCCAUGUCUUUGGAGGCAGGACGGCAGCCACAAUCCAAUAGUGGAACUCAGGGCAGUUCAGCCAACACAGGGGCUGGAUCAGCCCCUGCUCCCAGUACUACAGCUACUGCUACUACUGCUACCACUCCUUCCUCAGACCCCAUCCUCCAAUCCACUAACAUCCCUGAUUUUUCUGCCAUGACUGAGGAGGAGCAGAUUGCAUAUGCCAUGCAAAUUUCCAUGCAAGAUUGCAAACCAAAGGAGGAACCCAUGGAGGUGGAUGCUCCGAAGGCUGCUGCCUCUGUCACCCCUGCAGAAUCCAAGGUGAAGAAAGAGGAGGAGGAGCAGGAUUUCUCACAGGUAAUGGCUGACCCAGCAUUUUUGGAGAGUGUCCUGCAAACUCUCCCUGGUGUGGACCCCCAAAGCCAAGUGGUGAAGGAGGCAGUGGGCUCCCUUACUCAGGAAAAGGACAAAGAUAAGGACAAAAAGGACAAAAAGAAGGAUGAAAAGAAGUAAUUAGUCACUCAACUAGAUUUUAGGAGGUUGCUAUACCCAUAAAUGUAUGAAAUGUCAAGGCUUCUUAAUGAUUAAGAGUGUGUGCACUCCUACACACAAACAGAAAGGUAUUCUGCAUUUUUUUCAGCUCAGACCAUGUACUGUACUUCACUUUUUAUACUUUGCUUCCUUCCCAAUACAGAUAAUCAUUGCUUUGAAAUAAAUACUAUGAGGUUCCAUCAAAGUCAUUCAGUCAUAUUUCUAUAAUAAUUUGCUCACACAAGCAGUAGGUAUAUUAAAAUCUUGUCUUCAUCUUACAUUCAUACAGGGAAUAGGAUGAGUGGUGGUGGUUAUGUAUAUGAUAAACCUUUAAAUGAAUUAUCCUGUAAGGAUAAUAUUGAGAAACGAAAGUAAGCAAACAGUUAAAAAUGUAAUGCAAUACAAGGAUAAAUAAAGAAUGUUCCUCACAAACAACAUUAGUUUUAGAGCAAAAUUUAAUAGUCCAGCCUCAUACUUUGCAAAUUUGUGGUUUACAAUUCUGAUAGACUUGUUAACUGCCCAUGUAAAAAAAACUAACACAUACAUUUAAAAAAAAUUAUUUGAUUGCUGUAAACUUUACGUGAGUAUGUAGUCGACUUGUUAACUGCCUGUGGAAAAAACUUUAAUACAUACAUUUUAAAAGUAUUUGAUUGUAGUAAAUACCUGAGUAUGUAUGUAGUCAGAUGCAAAAGAAACUUGUGAUCCUUUAAGUAUAGGUGUGAUAUUAGCUAUCCUUCAAGAAGCAGGAAAGGAACCAGUCCUGAGUAGAAGUUGUGAGAGUUGCAUUCAGUUUUAUGGCAAAAAUAUCGGAAACUUCUUUAACACUUUCCCUGUGAUAUGUGCCACUGGUGGUACACAUCACAUUUGCCACUGUUGCAUGUUGUGCCACCCGUGGUAUAUUUGCUUGCAAACACAAAAAAAUAAGUAUUUUUAGACUUUUUUUAUGAUAUGAUAUAAUUUGAUUCAUGUUAACAUAGGAUGAAAUUAAAUUAUGACCAACAAAACAUUUACUGUUAUUCAGUUUUAGCACAAAAAAAAAAAAAAAAAAAAAAAUCAAA